CAACCUCGGGAGCCAUCAUUUCACCAGAAGCUGCAAAUUGCAAGCUCUCCUCCCUAGCUAGCCUCUCCAGCAGCCCAACCACAGCCUGCAGCUGCAGCUCGCGUUGGCACAGCGCCGCCUGAACGCGUGCUAAUUUAAGCUCUGUCGUAGCUCAACGCGGCCGCCGGGCUUUCGCCGACGACGUCAAAAUGGCCGGUGGUAGCAGUGCCGAGCAGCUCCUAUCCAGGAUCGCCUCCGGCGAUGGCCACGGCGAGAACUCGUCCUACUUCGACGGGUGGAAGGCCUACGACAUGGACCCUUUCGACCUGCGCCACAACCGCGACGGCGUCAUCCAGAUGGGCCUCGCCGAGAACCAACUGUCCCUGGACCUGAUCGAGCAAUGGAGCAUGGAGCACCCGGAGGCGUCCAUCUGCACGGCGCAGGGAGCGUCGCAGUUCAGGAGGAUAGCCAACUUCCAGGACUACCACGGCCUGCCGGAGUUCAGAGAGGCGAUGGCCAAGUUCAUGGGCCAGGUGAGGGCCGGGAAGGUGACGUUCGACCCCGACCGCGUCGUCAUGUGCGGAGGCGCCACCGGCGCGCAGGACACUCUCGCCUUCUGCCUCGCUGACCCGGGCGACGCCUACCUCGUGCCGACGCCAUACUACCCAGCUUUCGACCGUGACUGUUGCUGGAGGUCAGGCGUGAAGCUGCUGCCCAUCGAAUGCCACAGCUCAAACAACUUCACCCUCACACGGGAGGCGCUCGUGUCGGCCUACGACGGCGCGCGGAGGCAGGGCGUCCGCGUCAAGGGCGUCCUCAUCACCAACCCCUCCAACCCGCUGGGCACCACCAUGGACCGCGCCACGCUGGCGAUGCUCGCCAGGUUCGCCACGGAGCACCGUGUCCACCUCAUCUGCGACGAGAUCUACGCGGGCUCCGUCUUCGCCAAGCCGGACUUCGUGAGCAUCGCCGAGGUCAUCGAGCGCGACGUCCCGGGCUGCAACAGGGACCUCAUCCACAUCGCGUACAGCCUCUCCAAGGACUUCGGCCUCCCGGGCUUCCGCGUCGGCAUCGUCUACUCGUACAACGACGACGUCGUGGCCUGCGCGCGCAAGAUGUCCAGCUUCGGCCUCGUCUCCUCGCAGACGCAGCACUUCCUGGCGAAGAUGCUGUCGGACGCGGAGUUCAUGGCCCGCUUCCUCGCGGAGAGCGCGCGGCGGCUGGCGGCGCGCCACGACCGCUUCGUCGCGGGACUCCGCGAGGUCGGCAUCGCGUGCCUGCCCGGCAACGCGGGGCUCUUCUCGUGGAUGGACCUGCGGGGCAUGCUCCGGGACAAGACGCACGACGCGGAGCUGGAGCUGUGGCGGGUCAUCGUACACAAGGUGAAGCUCAACGUGUCGCCCGGCACGUCGUUCCACUGCAACGAGCCCGGCUGGUUCCGCGUCUGCCACGCUAACAUGGACGACGAGACCAUGGAGGUCGCGCUCGACAGGAUCCGCCGCUUCGUGCGCCAGCACCAGCACAAGGCCAAGGCCGAGCGCUGGGCGGCCACGCGGCCCAUGCGCCUCAGCUUGCCGCGCCGGGGAGGCGCCACCGCUUCGCACCUCCCCAUCUCCAGCCCCAUGGCGUUGCUGUCGCCGCAGUCCCCGAUGGUUCACGCCAGCUAGUCACCGAGCAUCCGGCAAGACUGGCUGUAGGGUGUGCCCGUACAUCCGUACGUACACCUUUUUUUCCCAUUCACGUGACUGCAAUCAAGUCUAUGGGAUGGUUGACAAAAGACUAUCUAGACAAGAGUGGGCGUAGUACGUAACUAGUUUGACGUUGUACAGGCGUCAGCAGGUAUCGGUAAGCAGCUAGUCAAAAGCACGCAAGCAGGACGCAUUUGUCCUCGAUACUUUCGUGUAAAUCUCUCUCUAUUUUUUUUUGCGAAAUUCGCGUGUAUGGUUUGUUUUGACGUUGGUAUAAAGUAUGGUAGAAUAACGAUGGGAAAUGGCAAUUUAGUCCUCCCGAUCAAUUGUUAUUGUAAACCACUGACGAAAGUUAAGAACAGAAGCUGUACCAGAAGGGUGAAUAAAAAUACCACAUAGGUAUUGAAUUAA